AUGGCUGCGCAACUUGCACAGAUGACACCACUUGCGGGUCUUGCACUUCAGAAAGCAACGCGGUAUCUUCAACAUCUCCAAACACUUGCUCGCCUAAAUGCACAGAAAGAAUAAGCGUUUCCGUUUUUAAGAAUAAUUGUAUAAUUUAUUUUAUAUAUUUUUAGAGGGCAAUGCACGUCUGGCUCAAACGGCUGCGCUACUUGCACAGAUGACACUACUUGCGGAUCUUGCACUUCAGAAAGCGACGCGGUAUCUUCAACAUCUCCAAACACUUGCUCGCCUAAAUGCACAGAAAAAAUAAUCAUUUCCGUUUUUUAAGAAUAAUUUUCUAAUUUAUUUCAUAAUUUUUUAGAGGGCAAUGCACGACUGGCUCAAACGGCUGCGCAACUUGCACAGAUGACACUACUUGCGGGUCUUGCACUUCAGAAAGCGACGCAGUAUCUUCAACAUCUCCAAACACUUGCUCACCUAAAUGCACAGCAGGAUCAAAUGGCUGCGCAACUUGCACAGAUAGCACUACUUGCGGGUCUUGCACUUCAGAAAGCGAUGUAG